AUGGCGCGGGCGGCGAGGGCGCUGGCGCUGGCGCGGGCGGCGGAGGGAGCGGCGGGGCCGGGGCCGGGGCCGGGGCCGGGGCCGGGUCGCGCCCGCCUGGUGCUGCUGCCGCCCGGCGGCGGGGCCUGGCCCGACCCUCACGGUUGGAGGGAGGCGGUGGCGGCCGCGGCCAGUGCCUUGCAGGCAGGCGGGCUGGUGGCGGUGCCCACGGACACGGUGUACGGCGUGGCCUGCCUGGCCCAGGACUCGGCCGCCGUGCGCAGCAUCUACAGCCUGAAGGGGCGGAACGGUGCGAAGCCGCUCGCCAUCUGCCUCGGGGAUGUGGAGCGGCUCUACAGGUACUGCCACGUGAAUGUUCCCGACGAGCUGCUGCGGGACUUGCUGCCGGGACCAGUGACCCUGGUCUUACAGCGUUCAGAAGAGCUAAAUAAAGACUUGAAUCCGUUCACAUCACUGGUUGGUGUUCGCAUUCCAAACCACCCCUUCAUGAGAGACCUGGCACGUGCCUGCUCGGGACCGCUGGCUUUGACAAGCGCCAACAUCAGCUCCCACGGCAGCACCCUGACCGUGUUGGAAUUCCAGGACUUGUGGCCUCAGUUGUCCUUGGUCAUUGAUGGAGGCCCCAUAGGAGACAUCCAGAGCCCAGAGUGUCGCUUGGGGUCGACUGUGGUUGACUUAUCUGUGUCGGGGAAAUUCUCCAUCAUCCGGCCUGGCUGUGCACUAACACCCACAGUUGACAUCUUGAAGAAGAAGUAUGGCUUGCUACCAGAAUCUUCCUAACCCUUGGGACUGGGAGCUGGUGGAGCUGGGCACUGUGUGCCUGUGCACUCAGGAGUGGGUGAUCAUGGCCUUGUUUAAUAAGGUCAAUGGGUUAUGUCAAGGUAAAUAAAAAAAAGUCUAGAAAACCCUUUCUGACCUCUUUGUGCUGCUGUAUUGUUCCCAAAUGUCUGUUCUGUUAUCCUGAUCAGGCUUUGUGAAUACAGUGAUUAUGAAAGUUAAACUGUUGUCAGGAUGGUGUGGGGAAGAACUGUGUGCCCCACCCACUUCUGAGUGCUCAUCCCAUGCCAUCUGCACUGGAAGGAAAGCAAACAUGGAGUAGAGGGGUUUGGAGCUUUGAGGGUGUUACAGCUGUGGUGUUCUCUGGCUGCUUUUCUCUGUUCUAAAUGCAAUUGAAACCUACUACUGAGAUAAAACUGUCAGUGCUUCUGAAAAUCCACAGUAUUCAGAAAACCUAGGCUAGAGCUGCUCAGAGCAACCUGCUUCCUCCUAAUGCAGAGAAUGAAAUAAGCUCUUGGCGUGAUGAUCUUCCUUUGUUUAAAUGUAGAAUUCUCUCUUGAUUUUGCUCUAAAAUGGUGCUAAGCUGAAGUAAACAGGGAAUGGAUGAAAGUG